AUGGCAGCCCCAAAUUCUUCGGUGGUAUUGCCUGCUUUUGCCAAGCUUCAUGGUGAAAAUUCCGUGUACUUUAUGCGAAAAUAUUCAAUCACCUUGGGACGCAAUACUGAAACAUCCAAAGUAGAUUUGGAUCUUUCUGAACUUGGUGGGGGCAGAGGCCCACGUGUCUCCCGUCAUCAUGCACGCAUAUUCUAUGAUUUUGAAAAACGCCAUUUUGCCCUUGAAGUUCUUGGCAAAAAUGGAUGCAGCAUUCAGGGUGUCUCUUAUCUCCCAGGUAGCGAUCCAGUUAAACUGAAUUCCCAGGACCUCAUCGAGAUUGCUGGCAAACAAUUCUACUUUCUCCUAGCAACUCGCUCUUUCUCUACCACUCCUGCUCCGGGUGCUCAUGCUUUGCUACCCCAAACACCAACCUUGAUUCUCCCUGGUCACCCUGGAACACAUGACAAUGAUACAGAGGAUCAACAGCUCCUAGAAGAAGAGAGAAAUGCUGUGUCAGCUCUUGUAGUCCUGAUGUCUGACAUAUGUAGUCCUGGAGAAUGGGUGAAUAUGGAGAACCUACAUUUAGAGAUUCUUGAACGCUUUGGUGAGAAUGCUUUGGUCAGGAGGUAUUUGACACGAGAGGACGCCUCAGUCUCAUCAACUGAAACAGAAGGCAGGCCAUGGCGCAGCCUGUUGCCACUACUCAGGAAGCACCCAGAGUAUUUCGUCAUGAGCACAGUGACCAGAGGGGAAGUAACAUCAGAGUAUGCUGCGUUGGUAUCCCUGGUAUCCAUGGGGAAUGAACCAUGAAGAAAAACUGGUAUGAGAGUGCGAGAAAAAAAGUUAGAACCAUUCUCUGCAUGCUGAUGCUGCUCAGGUUACCAUCAGCCUUUGUUCUAAAGAAACUGGGGCAUCGUUUAUUGCACCUGAGGCUCAUUGUAUGUUUGUAACAUCGGACAGUAUCCAUGAAAUUAUCUAAAAUUUGGUUCAAAUAGUCA